AUGAGUCAAAGUUUACGGCGCAUGCAAUACGCUGUGCGCGGCGAAGUCGUCCUCAAGGCCGACAAAUUGGCAGCGGAAGGGCGAAAAAUUACUUACACCAAUGUAGGCAACCCACACGCAGUCGGUCAACAACCAAUAACAUUUUAUCGGCAAGUACUCGCACUUUGUGAUCUACCAGCAUCUUGUGGUGUGGAUCAUCCUAACGCGUCGCAGCUUUUUCCUUUGGAUGUUUUGGAGCGAGCAAGAGAGCUUCGCGGGAUUGUCGGUAAGGGAGGCACAGGCUCGUAUACCAAUUCACAAGGUUUAGCCGGUAUUCGAAAGCAUGUAGCAGAAUACAUCUUGAAUCGGGACGGACACUCGGCGUACGAGGGUGACAUCUUCUUGACAAAUGGCGCCAGCACUGGAAUCGAAUUCAUUCUCAAUGGUCUUAUUUCCCACGACCACGAUGCCAUUAUGAUCCCAAUUCCUCAAUACCCGAUCUAUUCGGCUCUUAUAACCAAACUCGGCGGACGGAAGAUCGGGUAUGAAUUGGAUGAAGAGUUAGGUUGGACAGUUACCGAAGGAGAGCUGCAGCGUCGUUUGAACGAAGCUAAAGCAAAAAAGCUGAAUGUAAAGGGGAUGGCGCUCAUCAACCCCGGCAAUCCAACUGGACAAGUAUUGCAACGGAAGGAUCUUGAGAUGAUCUGUCGAUUCUGUGCUCGUAAUGGCAUUUUGCUUAUGGCGGAUGAAGUGUAUCAGCGUAACGUGUACGUGAAGGAUCGCAAAUUCAUAAGCGCCAAGAAGAUUGCCGUUGAAACACCCGGUUGCGAAAACUUGGAAUUGGUCAGUUUUCAUUCUACUAGUAAGGGUCUGAUUGGUGAGUGCGGCCGCCGUGGAGGGUACAUGGAACUCCAUUGCAUCGAUCCGUAUGUACAGUCACAGAUUUAUAAGCUUGCAUCCAGUGCUCUAUGCUCCGGUGUUGAUGGCCAGCUAAUGACUUCGCUAAUGGUAAAGGGUCCGGCAGAGGGCAGUGAUUCGUAUACUUUGUUUGUUGAAGAAGAACGAGCCAUAUUCCAGAGCCUUCAGCGCCGUGCAAAGAAGAUGGUAGAUGGCUUGAAUCGAAUUGAUGGUAUCACAUGCAAUCAGGCUGAAGGCGCGAUGUAUGCAUUUCCUCGAGUCAUAAUUCCUCAAAGCGCUGUUGACGCAGCGGAAGCAAGUGAUCAAACCCCCGAUACUUUGUAUGCACUCUCUCUCUUGGAAGAGACAGGAAUCUGCGUAGUACCGGCAUCCGGCUUUGGACAGAAGAAAGGCCGCAUCGGGUUCCGAACAACAUUUUUGCCACCUGAAGACGAUCUUGAAGUGGCUAUUGGAGAGAUGGCGCGUCAUCACAAUUUUUUUUGCCAAAAGUACUCCUAG